CUGACUUCACUGGUUGGUCCCAGAGUAUCAGAGACUCGUCCUCAGACAGACGCACACAGAUGGCAGAUCCAGGCUCUCAGCCUCCAGCUGAAGCUUCCAGUCCUCCCCCAGCCAGAAGCUCUGAUGCUGGGCUGAGAGACUUUGAUCCUUCCCUGGAUCCAGAAGUCCAGGAGGGAGAAGGAGAACAGGACCUCCUUCCUGAUCUGGAGAGGCCUGAGGGAAAGAAAGACGGAGCAGACAGAGCUUUGAACAAAUCCAAACCUCCUGAGCUUCACCUCCACAAAGGUGUGACACGUGAAGGACACCGGCAAAUAGGAGGACAGAACCUGAGAGCAUUAGUCACAUGACUUCAGCUGCUGCUGCCUCACCAACCACUGGCCCCUCGCCUUUACUGGGGAAAUGUCUGUUCUUCCUGAGAACCGCUGAGAAGGCCAUAACCACCGCUAACAUGCAGCAGGAAGUGAACUUUGGCGUGUUGGACUGCAGCGGUGGCGGCGGCGUCCUGAACAGUCUGGAAACUCUGCUGACUCACAUCAUGUUACCUGCUCUCAGGUCGCAGCAGACCAGGAUGCUGGAGCACAUUCCCAGUCUGAUGAACGGCAUCAAGAUGAUCCACGUGGUGUCCCAGUACUACAACACCUCAGAGAGGAUGAGCUCACUGCUGCUCAAGGUCACCAACCAGAUGAUCAGCACCUGCAGGAGCUACCUGCUUCAGGGCAUGAGGCGUGUCUGGGAGCACAGCAGGCCGGUGCUGCUGCAGAGAAUCUCUGACUGCUGUAAUCUGAAUGCGGCGUAUCAGCGAAGCUUCCACAGCGUCAGAGACAAACUGAGAGAAAACCCUGAGAACAGACAGUUUGACUUCAGUGAGAACUACAUCUUCGGGAAGUUUGACUCUUUCUGCCGCCGUCUGGAGAAGAUGGCUGACAUGGCGUCCACGCUGGAGAACCUGGCUGCUCUGCAGAGCAUGAAGGUGGAUGAUUGUCAGAUUAGAAACAAGUGA